AAAAGAAAGUCAAAUCCCCAGUCAGUAUAAAACCCUUCAGCCUGACUAAUACUCUGCUUUAUUUCACCUGCCUUUCAGUAAAUCAGCUUAACAUGUCAUCUGCCCAGGUUACCAUCCCGACUCCUCUCAGAAACCUGGAAAUCAAGUACACCAAGAUCUUCAUUAACAAUGAAUGGCAUAACUCAGUCAGCGGAAAGAAAUUCCCUGUCUUCAACCCAGCCAAUGGGGAAAAGAUAUGUGAGGUAGAAGAAGGAGAUAAGGAAGAUAUAAAUAAAGCCGUAAAAGCAGCAAGAGAAGCAUUCCAGUUGGGGUCACCAUGGCGCACGAUGGAUGCUUCUGUAAGGGGUAAACUCUUGUAUAAGUUGGCAGACCUCGUGGAGCGUGAUACCUUAAUUCUAAGCACUCUGGAAUCUAUUGAUGCAGGAAAGGCAUUUGCCACAUCCUACUUUGGAGACUUACCAGGAGCUGUUAAAACCCUGCGAUACUAUGCAGGGUGGACAGAUAAAAACCAUGGCCGUACAGUCCCUAUGGAUGGAGAUUACUUUUCUUUCACAAGACAUGAACCUGUAGGAGUAUGUGGUCAAAUCAUUCCUUGGAAUUUUCCACUUGUAAUGUUUUCUUGGAAGAUUGCACCUGCACUAUGCAAUGGCAAUACAGUUGUCAUCAAGCCAGCAGAACAAACACCACUGACUGCUCUGUACAUGGGAUCACUAAUAAUAGAGGCCGGUUUUCCACCAGGAGUAGUGAAUAUUGUUCCUGGAUAUGGAACCACUGCUGGAGCAGCCAUAUCACAUCACAUGGACAUUGAUAAAGUUGCAUUCACAGGAUCAACUGAGGUUGGAAAACUAAUCAAAGAAGCCGCUGGAAAGACUAAUCUUAAGAGAGUUACACUAGAGCUUGGAGGAAAAAGUCCAAUUAUCAUUUUUGCUGAUGCAGACUUGGACAAUGCACUAGAGCAGGCCCACCAAGGGCUGUUCUAUCACCAAGGACAGAUGUGUGUAGCUGGAUCUCGAUUAUUUGUAGAAGAAUCAAUUUAUGAAGAAUUUGUCCGCAAAAGUGUUGAAAGAGCUAAAAAACGGGUCCUAGGGGAUACCCUCUCACCUACAACACAGCAAGGGCCACAGAUUGACAAAGAACAAUAUGACCGAAUUCUUGAGUUAAUUGAAAGUGGAAAGAAGGAAGGAGCAAAACUGGAAUGUGGAGGAGGCCCAUGGGGUGAUAAAGGGUUCUAUAUCCAGCCUACUGUCUUCUCAAAUGUUAAGGAUGAUAUGCGCAUUGCCAAAGAAGAGAUAUUUGGGCCUGUACAGCAAAUCAUGUCAUUCAAAACAAUUGAUGAAGUGAUCAAAAGGGCAAACAACACCACCUAUGGACUCGCUGCGGGAGUGUUCACCAAAGACCUUGACAAAGCAAUAACUGUAUCUUCUGCUCUUCAAGCAGGAACCGUCUGGGUAAAUUGCUACAUUACUAUGUCCCCUCAAGGCCCAUUUGGAGGGUUUAAGAUGUCAGGAAAUGGACGUGAAAUGGGUGAAUAUGGACUUCAUGCUUACACUGAAGUGAAAACUGUUACCAUGAAGAUCUCAAAGAAAAACUCUUAAAGAUCUGAAUUAUCUUUCCCCAACAUUGAACAUUAUUAACCUGUUCCUGUGAAAUACUAUUAUAAACCAGAUCUUUCUGGUACAUAUAAAUAAAAAAUAAAAAUAAACGUCUAAUCACUAUGCCUGCAUGGUGAUCACUACUUGUAUAUUCUUGGAUAUUAUCAUUACCCUGAAAUUAAUGUGCUGUUCUGUGUUAAAAAAUGUGGUGUUAAAAAAGUGUAGGUGUUGGAAAUUGAUGUACUUCUCCAGUAGAUAUUAGUGAAAGAUAGUUAUAUUUCCCAAGAAAAUAUAAUACUUUGCAAUAUGUAACUGACAGCUCAAAUACAUUCUGAACACCAAUACAAGAAAUGAUUUUG